GCCGUCUUGCCGUGAUGUCUGCCGACUACUCAUCGGAGAAGUUCAAGGCGACGCAUCUGUUCGACGAAAUUCUAUGGCAUUUUCGUUCAAACUUAUCACUCAAAACGAACAGAAGAGGAUUGGCCACUGCGGAAAACAGUUUCAGCGGGAAAGAAGCUGUGGAUUUUCUGAUGAUUGAAAUGCCACGAAUCAUCCCUAACAAUGUUCCGGAACGAGACAAGAUGCAGAAGUUCCUGGAGUUCAUGAUGGACAUGAACGUGAUUUCAGAAGCCUUCCCGAAGAAAGUCAAGCAAAGGAGGCCAUUCAGUGAAUCGAGAAUAUAUUUGUUCAUGAAGACUUUGGAUGAGUUGAAGCAUCCCAAGCCCCGAUCACGUCGAUCAGCGUCUUUCAGUGGUGCUCGCAAAAGUGCAAAAGUUGCUCAACCUGCCUCUCCUGCCGCGACAAUGCACCGGCCACCAAAGGCAAGGCUCCCACGAAGAUUAUCGCGAUCUAAUGGCAACAUUGACAAAGCAGGCAUCGAUAAUUCUUCAGGCGGCGUUGAGAAUCACGGUUUCGAUGAUCAUAAAGACGAUGAAAUCCCGAAGAAACAACGAACUCCGAAGAUUUUGAACAGAUCACUUGAAAGUAUCUGUACAGAAGAAUAUACUGAAAAACGAGAAGUUUCUGAGAUGAAAGAGAAGGUUUAUGAUUGGUUACCGUUUUUCAAAUCAAGACGAAAUCACACGAAAGUCAAUCAACCAACCCGUCGUUCAGCAUCCCUUGAUCGAAAUCAUUGUGUUUUGGAACAAGAAAAAGCUGAAGCUGCUCUUCGUAGUCAGAAAGUAACCACUCCGCCAAUUCGAGAAGCCCCGAAAGACGUCGUCUUUAUGCAUCCACAAGGACCGUUGCCUGCAGUUCCUAGCAGAUAUCAAAAUCAUCGGACAAGCAUCGCAGGAUCAAAUCCAGCAUUGUUAUCGCGUGGAAGAAUGUACGAAUCCAUCAUGAGAAGAUCGUCGGUUGUUCCAGUUGCAGACUCUGUCCAGGCAAACAACGAAUGCUCAUUUUGGAAAACAGAGCUGCUUGGACGAUUGGAACAAAUUUACGAUCGCACUCUUCCCUGUGAAUGGGCAUCUAAAGUCGAUGGAUACGAUAUUCAGUGGAACAUGAUUGAAAUAGAUCAUGCUGAUGGAAUCGUCAAAUCGAGAUGUCAGGGACUGCAGCCCGAUUAUCCCCAAACUGUUAUUCAAUUCAUGGAUUAUCUUGUUCGAUAUCCCUUCGUCACGCAUAAAAAAAUGGACACAGGGUUGGAAUACAACGUCAAUCGGAUUUUCAUAACUCUAGUCAAUCGUCUCGAAGACUUGAAUGCUCCUCUUCAAUUCGAUGAAUGCUCUCUUAUUGUUAAUCUCCUCUGCAAAAUCGAUAGCUUCGCGGCAAUGCUUGACAAUGGGCCUGCAAGGCGAUGGUCGAAAGUGAUGAUUUCUUCGUCUGCGUCUAGUAUUGAGGAGGCUGGAUUGAUGGUCGAUGGAUUCUCCCGUGAUCUUCCAGCAUGCGGAAUUCGAGCUUCAAAGUAUCGACGACGUGCGUUAUCACCAUUUGAUAAUAGAGUGAAUUUGGAAAUACAAGACGAAAAAUCCUACGAAAUCCGAGAGCAAUGGUUGAUCGAAGCAAUUCAAUUGGUACUUCUUUCGCUUCCAACUUCACGACGUCGGAAACUUCACAAAUUUGUUACAUUCAUUCAAUCGAUCGAAACGAAUGCAGUUUUCGACCUCGCUGAUCCUUCUAACGGAUCUUCCAACAAUCGGGAAGCGGCAAUCAUCGGACUCUGGACAGGUGUUUGUAGUAAAUGCCGAAAGCAACAAGGAAUGCUGAUAACCGCUGUCCUCCUCGCAAACUUUCAAUCUCUUUUUGCAGUACCUGUUGAAUUUAUCGAACAGGUCAAACGAUUGGAAUGUGAAGAAAAGGACAGAUAUAGUGGUCCUCGGUACGCAAAGAUCACCAGAAGUCGAAAUGAUUGGCAACCACCAGUUCCGGAUAAACCGCAAGCAUCUCCGGCAGUUUUUAAGAAACCACUAAGAGAAGUGGCAUGUGAGAAAACGAAGAAAGGAUUGUUCACAAGAUUGCUGCGUAAAUAAAUCUAAAAAUCUUCGCCCCAUGUAUAUAUUCAAUAUAUUAUUUAUUUUGUUCCAUUCCUCCCCGCUCACCGAAUUCUUGUGUCAUUAUCAUCAUUUUUCUAAAUGUUAUUUUACAAUUCUGGUUGAAUUGAAAUUCUCGAUGUUCGUUUUGUUCCAUAAAUUUUGACGAUGAUUU